UCGCAAUACGUAAACACGCUCUAGUUAAUAUACUUUAAGACUUUUCGGCAUGACUGUAUUAAAUAACAAAAGGAAAGUUACAAUUUAUCCAUUAAUGUGCACAGAAUUGACCCGUAAACAUGUUAUUUUACUUACUUUUAUUCUUUCUCCUCAAGUUUAUUUUUUAUUUUACCAUAUUAAUUAUCGUUAUCAUCCUCGGUCUGAAACUAUGGCUAGACCCUAUCAAGGGAGUUUGCAAGUGUAAGACGAAGCUUCACGGGAAAACCGCCCUUGUGACUGGAGGAAACGCUGGAAUUGGACUUGAGACGGCCAGAGAUCUAGCCAGAAGAGGCGCAAGGGUCAUUAUUGCAAGCAGAGACAACAAGAAAUCCGCAGCUGCCGUUGAAGAUAUUAUAGCAACGACGAAGAACCCGAACGUCGAAUGUAGACAUUUAGAUCUUUCAAAAUUUAAAAAUGUUAGAAGAUUUUGCGAAGAAUUCAACGAUAAUGAACAAAGAUUAGAUAUUUUGGUCAACAACGCUGGAUGUGGUGGACUCAAAAAGAAAACUACAGAAGAUGGGAUUGAGUUAGUAACUCAAAUCAACUAUCUAGGUCCAUUUCUACUAACAAACUUACUGCUCAAAAAGCUGACGGAUUCAAAACCAAGUCGUAUAGUGAUUGUGUCUUCUUACGCUUGGUUUAUGUCUAAAUUUGAUCCUGAAGACGUAGCUGGCUUGAACACUAAAGGACAGUGGACUAGGUAUUGUAAUACAAAACUUUGCAAUGUGCUUUGGGCAAAGGCGCUAGCCAAGAAGCUACCACAAGGAAUAACAGCAAAUUCUUUAUAUCCUGGGAUAGUGAAAACUGAUAUCUUUGAUCGUUUGUCUCCUAUACCUAGGAAGGUAAUAUUGGCAGUGAUUCAAGUUCUUUUUAAGACAGCUAAAGAAGGUGCUCAGACAUCGAUUCAUUUGAGUGUUGCUCCUGAGUUAGUGGACACAAGUGGAAAAUAUUACGCUGAUUGUAGGCCUAGUGCAGUUCCGAAAGAAGCAAAGGAUGAUGAACUUAUUGAAAAGGUUUGGAGAGAGAGUGUUCGGCUUACAAGGAGCUAGUCACUUCAUAAUUUUAAU